AUGGCCGCCGAAGGUUUAGAAAAGAUCACCGAAGUUCCAACUGAGUUCAUCAGAGACGGUUCCGCUUUCAUCAAGAAGUGUACCAAGCCAGACAAGAAGGAGUACUUGAAGAUCAUCAGAGCUGUUGGUGUCGGUUUCAUCAUGAUGGGUGUCGUCGGUUACGUCGUCAAGUUGAUCCACAUUCCAAUCCGCUACGCCAUUGUCUAA